AUGACGGCCGAUUUUCGCUCGCUGCCCAUCAUGAUCUUGUCCUUGGCGUGCUCGAGGUCGAACAUCGUGACGGCUUUCGCGCCGUCCAUGGCGGCCUUCAGGGCCGCCACGUUGACGAGGUUCGCCAGGUCAGCGCCCGAGAAUCCGGGGGUCCCGCGCGCGAUUAUCAUCAAGUCCACGGUUUCGGCUCCCACCAAUGGCAUCGAUUUCGUCUAUGAAUAUUAUGCACGGAGACCUCUUCUUAGCGGCGGCAAAAAGGUCCCUCACACGGCGGGCCCCCACUCCAACAAACAUCUCCUCGAAUUCGCUGCCACUGCACGAGAAGAAAGGAACACCGGCCUCCCCAGCUAUGGCCCGAGCAAGCAUAGUUUUACCCGUGCCGGGUGGGCCCACCAAGAGGACACCUUUCGGGAGCUUGCCACCAAGACGCGUAAAGCGCUGUAA